AUGGGAUCAUGCUACAACAAGCAAUCACGAAAAGAAUUACAAAUCGCUCCAGGUCUUAUCCCCCCGCCCAACUCAAACCCUAACGUAGGCCGUCAAAGGCUUUCAAUCCUCUCAGCUCCAAAUAGCUCCCGCACUUCAAUUGAAGGCAAUUUAGAGGUUUUAGCUAAAUUGCAUUCAGGUCAAAGCAGACCACCAACUGAAGGAAAGCCUGAGCAAGGAAGCUUAUUUUUGGUAAACGAACGAUAUGUCGUGGAAAGCAAAAAUGAGCCCACGAAACGCCAGGAAAGUUUUGAUGAGAAGUGAUCAAGGAUUGUUGGGAACAAAACUCAUACAGAUUUUUUACUGCAUCUUGGGAUAUCAGUUACAUGCAAGAAGGGUCUUAAGCCAGAAAGUCCCAACCAAGAUGAUUACUGUAUAGUCAUAGAUGGCCCUUCUUUUAUUUUGGGCGUAUUUGAUGGGCAUGGAUUUUAUGGACAUGAUAUAUCAAAUUAUGUGCACACCCUACUACCUAUUAUUAUGCUCUCUAAUGCGAAUUGGAAAGCAAACCCGGAGCAAGUGAUGAAGGAGUCUUUCACACAAUGUAACCAGUCUUUGAUUAACACCUGCAACCUCCAGGAUACCAAAUUUGACUGUGAAUACUCAGGAACAACUGCUACUUUAAUUCACUACAGAGACAAUAAACUUUAUAUCGCCCAUGUUGGAGAUUCCAGAGCGAUCAUUGCGAGGAGAAAAGGACCCACACUGACUCCUAUUGAGCUGACAGCGGAUCACAAGCCAGAAAACUUAACCGAAAAGGAAAGAAUUGAAAAGUGUGGAGGAGAGGUUAAAAAGCAGUCAAGAGACCAUCCUUUUAGAGUCUAUCUAAAAGGAAAAGAAUACCCAGGACUUGGCAUGAGCCGAGCUAUAGGUGAUGCAGUUUCUCAGUCUAUAGGAGUGUCAUGUGAGCCUGAAUUGUCAGAGUAUCAAUUAGAUGAAGAAGACGAGUUUUUAUUAGUUUGUAGUGAUGGAGUUUGAGAGUUUGUGGGAAACCAAGAAGCAAUAGACAUUAUUGAUGCCAAUUCAAGGAAUAUUAAAACUGCUCCUGAAAAGCUUGCCCAACUCGCUUGGGAGAGGUGGAGCGCGCAUGAGAGAGGAGUAGUUGACGAUAUCACUGUAAUUCUGGCUUACAUUCCGAAGUACAUACAAACUACUGUAACUAAUUAA